AUGGUUCGGAUUUUUACUCUAUUGGAUGGAGCUAAUGAUAUUGAAAUUUGUGUUAAUUCAGAUGCGGAUGAAAGGAUUAGAUAUUAUUUGAUUAAUUUUAUUUGGUCUUUUGAGGAAUUGAAACUUUACAAAAAUGAUUCAAAAAAUAGAGGAGAAUCACAAAAUAUUUUUGGCAUUAAUUCACCAAAGAUUUUAACUAUAAGUAAAGGCUAUUCGGCAGCUUCGCUUUCGAGAGCUUUUGUUGAUUUUAUUAUAAAUGAAUUAAAUUUGGAAAUAUUAUUAGAACAAUUAAAUAAAGCUGAAUUUGGGGUGGAUGAACAUUUGUGGCAAUCUUUAAGUAUUUCUGAUAAUUUAAAUGCUCCCGGUGGAUUUACUGAACAAUGUUAUGGUUUUGGAUAUACAACACCUUUUAUUACUAGGUAA